CAUUUGUGUGGACACCUCUCACCGACGGAGGACGAGAACAUGGCGGCCUCCUUGCGUCUGGGUCGUCGGGGAGUUUUAUUCGGCCUUAGAUUGUCUAAUGUUAAUAAAUGUUUAUGGGCCACGCACUCAUGGCAGGAUCAUGUCAGACACUUCUUCCAGUCACCGUGGGUGCUCGGUGUCAGCCCACUCAAAGUGGAAAUGCCAGCUCUUUCUCCUACCAUGGAGGAGGGAAACCUUGUCAAAUGGCUGAAAAAGGAAGGUGAGGCGGUGGCAGCGGGCGACGCCCUCUGCGAGAUUGAGACGGACAAAGCUGUGGUUACCAUGGAAUCCAACGAUGAUGGCAUCUUGGCAAAGAUCCUGAUGGAGGAGGGAAGUCGCAACGUGCGCCUUGGCACCCUCAUCGCCCUCAUGGUGGAAGAAGGGCAGGACUGGAAGCAGGUUGAGAUCCCCCCUCCAGAUGCUGCAGCUCCUCCUGCUAAACAAGCAGCCGCCGCCUCAGCUGUGGCCCCGGCAGCUCCCUCCCCACCUCCGCCACCUAAACCAGCCACGUCAGGGCCGUUACGUCUGAGCCCAGCAGCGAGACACAUUCUAGGCACCCAUGGGUUAAACCCAAAGUUGGCCACAGCCACUGGACCAAGAGGACUUAUCACCAAGGAAGAUGCGUUGAAUCUUUUGAAGAAGGCUCCACCCUCCAAAGCGACACCAGCCACAGUUGCCUCAGCUGCCCCGAUUCCUGUGCCCACCCCAGCGGCUGCUCCUCCACCACCGGGCGCCAGACCCAAUAUACCGCCUCUCUCCGUCCCCGGGAAACCAGGAGCACCGGGAACUUUCUCUGAAAUCCCAGCUACAAACGUCCGCCGUGUGAUCGCCCAAAGACUAACCCAGUCGAAGACCACCAUCCCCCACGCGUACGCCUCCGUCGACUGUGACAUGGCCGCCGUCAUGCAGCUCCGCAAAGAUCUGGCCAAAGAACAGGUCAAAGUAUCCGUUAAUGAUUUCAUUAUUAAGGCAGCUGCUGUCGCACUUAAAGAAAUGCCAGAAGUGAACGUGACCUGGUCUGGCGAUGGACCCCGUGCACUCGAUUCAGUCCAUAUCUCAAUCGCCGUGGCAACUGACAAAGGCCUCAUUACUCCAAUCAUCAAGGAUGCUGCAACCAAAGGAGUCCAGGAGAUCUCAGCCAACGCCAAGGCAUUGGCACAAAAGGCCCGGGAUGGGAAACUUCUACCUGAGGAGUACCAGGGAGGCUCAUUCAGUAUAUCCAACCUAGGGAUGUUUGGAAUCAGCGGCUUCAGUGCCGUGAUCAACCCUCCUCAGGCUUGUAUCCUCGCCGUUGGGACCUCCAGGGCCGAGCUGCGCCUGUGCGAGGAUGACCAGACCCUCCGCACUCAGCAGCUGAUGACAGUUACAUUGUCCAGCGACGGACGCCUGGUGGAUGAUGAAUUGGCCUCGCGGUUUCUCGAUAAGUUCCGUGCCAACCUAGAACGACCCCAGCGCAUGGCGCUGGCCUGAAAAACCAACCCGUAGCUUUCUAAAAGGGAUUGAAACAGUAAGAACGCCCUACAUGACGAACCCUAGCUCAUGUUUUUUUGGAAGCCAACAGCUCUUAAUUUUUUUAAAAAAAUGACCAUUCAUGGUUAGAUUAAGGCUUACGAAGUAGUGAUGUACAUAUUGUAAACUGUAAUUUGUGGCUUGCCACUGACUCGCUUUGUGAUGGAGGAGGGUCUGUUAGAGUGGAAGAUUCUAGCGGUGGUGCCAAUAUCACCAAGACAGAUGCUGUAUAACACAGCUAACUGUGUCCCGUACACUGUAAAAUGGUAUGUCAAGUGGUUGGUCUACCACACAGGGUGGUGUACAUAUAUAUAAAGUGCUUAUUCCAGUCCAACAACUUUUCUUCAUUUUCACUAUUAGAACACAUGCAAAUGUUGCUGUAAAAUCUCCUGAUGUCCAUUUGUCAACUUAUUUAUUACUGCACAUUAGAGGCAGUGUAAUUUCCACUAAGGUUAAACCCAAGUUGAGCACUUCUUCUUCUUGCAAAUGUCAUGAAGUCAUUAAUAAUGAACUGUUCCUGUUAAUAUGUUUUAAUUUAUUUAAAACUGCAUUAAUAAAAACAAGCCCUCCGAGUCCUCGUGUGUACAAAGCGAAUAUCGAUUCCGGUUUCUUUAGAUGCCAAUAAAACACAUUGUUCAACCUCCA